AUGAUUCUUAUCUCGGAAGUUCCCCCCUUCCAACAACUUCCUGCUCUUCGCGAAUUCAACAUGGUACUAAGAUGUGCAAGUUCGCCGUUGAAUCCUGAAUUCGAUGGCUUCGUGCGGCAACAGAUGGAAAAAUGGAAAGUCCCAGGACUGACCAUGGCCAUAGUACACGGCUCCAGCACCUGGUCAAAAGCCUAUGGAAUGGCCAAAUUUCCUGAUCGGAAGAUGACCACGGACACUCUCUUCUCGACUUGUAGUACAACCAAGGCAUUCACGGCUGCAGCGGUCAGUCUUGCUAUCGACGACAGCCAAAAUACCGAUGCGCCCCUUCGCUGGGACACACCAAUUGCAUCCAUACUGAGGGAUGACUUCGUCUUAGAGAACGACUAUAGUACAAUGCACACCACAAUAGAAGAUGCUCUGUCACACCGCUCGGGUCUUUCAACUCACGACGGUUGCAUAAGUCUGGCGCAUCCUCAAAGACCCCUCCGCGAGGCAAUUCGAAACCUGCGAUACCUGAAAAUGGCCUAUGUCCCCCGUACCACCUUCUCCUACAAUAACAACAUGUACAUGACGAUAUCCCAUCUACUGGAACAAAUCGAAGGACGAAGUCUCGGUGAAACCCUCAAGAAACGCAUCUGGAAUCCACUGGGCAUGAACGACACAUAUUUCUCCGCGCAAACAGUCUCUCAAGACCCAAUCCUCAGCCAGCGAUUCGCAACAGGGUACACCUGGGAUCCCGAGACAAGCGCCUACCUAGCAGAGCCCUACCUCAACGACGAGGCCAUAACCGGAGCCGGGGCGAUGAUAAGCAACGUACUAGAAUACACUAAAUGGCUCCGAGCCCUGAUCUACAAAACGGGCCCCAUCUCCCCACAAGGCCACGCGGAGCUUGUGAAACCCCGCACAGUGAUAACGAAUCCGGCCGAGCUCGUCGCGCCCCCGGCCCCAUACCUCCUCUACGCGCUUGGGUGGGUUGUCGCGAAUUACCACGGCGAGCCGCUAUACUGGCACAGCGGGAGCUGGGCUGGGUUUGGCAUUAUGGUUGGAUUUCUUCCAGGCAAGGGCUUCGGGUUUGUCAUGAUGGGGAAUACAAUGAAUGCGCGCAACGCACAGGUGGAGAUCUACAUGCGUCUUCUGAAUCAGGUCUUCGGGGGAAGUGCAUGCCACGCGGCAGAGAUAAAACAGGAAAAGAUCACAGCCGCUGAAACGGUAGAUGAGGCAAUUAAACGGCUUUAUCCGUGUCUGCCUAGCCCUGUCAUCCCGCAUGCUUUGCCGUUGCAAAUGUACACGGGACGGUACCAGCAUCCUGCAUAUGGGUCUAUUACUCUCGUUUUUGAAAAUGGGCACCUGUGUGCGAAUCUACUGGAUCGUGUUACGCCUGCACUGUUGACGCUUGAUCAUGUCAGUGGGGAGUUCUUCGUGGCGCAUCACUACCAACCCAAAACGAUAGGGUCUGGCUCUGAGUACUAUAGCGCGGAAUUUUUGAUUGGUGUCAACGGUGUUACCACUGCAGUGGGGAUAGAUCUAGAGCCUGCCACGGGUGAGAAGAUUUGGUUUAAUCGAAAGUGA